AUGUUAUAAAAGGCUUAUAAAAAGAGCCUUGUAGAUUAAUAAACACCUUAAUUUAUAAAAUUGUCAACGACUUUCUAAAAUCUUAGAAAAUAAUCCUUUCAAAUACAGAUGACGGUCUGCACUUUAAUAAAGGAAAGGGGAAAUAAAUUUUAUUUAAUGAGUAAAUUCAUAUAUAUAAAUAAAAAGAUGAUAUUUAGACUGCUUGUUAAAUCUAUGAGGAACUUUAUUAAUUUUUGGAGUUCAAGGAAUUCAAAAAUAAUACUUAAUAUUUUGUACAAUAUAACGGGAAAUCUCCAGAAGAAUCGAUUUAACUAAAUUGUAAGAGAAUAUUUUAUCAUAAUAGAACUCAAAAUAGCCAUUUUGAAUAAUAUAUCAGCCACUUAUCUCAAACUUUAAUUGUAUUAGUAAACUGUAGAAAUCACAACCUAUGUAUUAAAUUAUGAUUCAAAUUCUCCUAAAGCCUUAUUUAGAAGAGGGAAAGUAAAUAAUACUUUUAUUUCUUUAGGCUCUAUUAUCACUCUCUCCUCUUACUAAUGAAAAUCUUAUUGCCUCAAUUGAAGAUCUUAAAAAAGCUUAAUAAAUUUAAACAGAUGAUUUAAUUCUUAGCACAUAUUAAUAAGCAAUAGAAAUAUUGAAUAACAGGCAAUUAAAUCAGAUAAAUUUAAUUGAAAAUGCUAAUUUGACUUAUGAAAUUGAUUAUUCUAAAGAAAUACCAUAAGAAAUUAAUGAAGUUAAAUAAUUUACAGAGAAAAAAGGAAUUGAAAUGCUAAAAGAUUUAUAAAAAUAAGGAAAAAUUAAAGAAGCAAAUGAAUUUCUAUAAGAAUUGAAUCAAAUUCAAGAAGCAAAAAAAUAAUUAGAAAAAAUAAGCAGACUAAAUUUUGAUAAACCUAAACCUGUAAAUUUUAUUAUAUAUAUAUAAAUUAGUAUCUUUAUGAAAUGAUAAAAAGAUUAGGUGUAAACUCUAUGUAACUCUAAUAAGAAUUUAAGAAAAUUUAAUAUCAACAUCUCUAAGAUAUUAGAAAUAAAUUGACAUAAUGGAAUUACUGUUAUUCAAAAGAUCUUAAUAUCAAUAAUUAAGGAUUAUAAGGAGAAUAAUAGGAAUAUCCUUCAGAAAAUCCUUAAAAUGUCUUAUUAAUUUUAGGAGGGCUUUUUAUAUUUAUAUUAAUAGGUGUUUUUGCAGCAGGAACAUGA